CUUUGAGAGGGACCUGCACAUCCUGUGCACCGUCGACGUACUUCUCGCCAUGGAAGGCCGCAGAUUCACAGCCGAGCUCAUGGGCGGUUAUGAGGGGGCGAUAAGCAUAGAGGAUGCGAGACUGGAGCACACGAGAGGUGUGGUGGGCGUUGGUGGUCCCGGGUUCCCUGGAUGGAGUCAAGAUUGUGGCAGGAAGUCGCCGACGGAGAGAGGUGUCGGGCAACGGGUAGAUGCCACACAUCCGUGGACGUUUGGUGGGAUGGACAUGCCCGGUACUGGCGGGGGGCAGCAAGGGUUUUAUGGCGUGGAAUCGGACCCCGCAGGUGGCAAUCUGCAAGGAGUGGUGCCACGUGGCAGUGUAGGGGACGGGUACGGCGAAGACGCUGUCCAUCAUACUUCGAGGGUGGAUGCCAGUCUCCCACAGUUCGACAUCAAUUCGAAGGGGUGCGGUGCAUGGGGAGGAGGACAGCCACAGCGUCGAUCGCUCGGAGUGCAGCACACGCCGUACAUUGCACACCAACCUCGACUGUCGAUGGCAGAUCGGCAGCAUGGCCAUCCUGCAGACAAUUUCAACCGCCAAAUGUCGCACCUUCGUCGUGGUCAGCAAACGCCGUGCACACCUGGCAGUGCGCCGACAGGAGGAAGAGUUGACGACUUGUCUCCUGCACGGCGCAUGGCGUCCGCAUCGGGGCAUUCCGGGAUGUGGGAUGGAAUGCCGUCACCGAUGGGAUCAUCCAUCGGAGGGGGGUCACGACAGAUGACCGGGGAUGUCGGGCCGUAUGAUACAGGGCGAGGAACGCACAUGACACGGGGGAGAAGGUACGAGUGGAUCAGCGACGGCAUGCGUGAUGCGGGAUACAACCGGACACCUGAGGACUGCAGGAAGAAGUGGACAAAGAUGAAGGACACUAUGAACCUCAUCUCCAAAAAGUGCGACCGUUCUGGGCAGGCUGGGUACUACAACAUGAUUGCAGAUGAAAGGAGGGAGAAGGGGGUUCCGCUUACCUUCGAACGCUCUCUGUGGGACGCCAUGGAAUGGUGGAGGGUGAAGGCUUCAUUCAAAUGCAACCACACACUUGCAUCGGAGGAGAUGGAUGUACCUGAGUCCGGGGGGGUGAAUGAAGAGGCGGGCGGGCCCGAUCGUGCCGGCGAGGCGGCAUCCGAGGGUGGCGGCACUGAUGCUUUGGAUUACAGUGCGAAGACACGGCGAACAUCGGCGGGCAGGGUUCGCGGAGACGGUUCGCCGGCGACGGCGGGGAUGAGGGUGAUCAUGGAGGAAUCGACGAGGGCUAUUGUGGAUGGGCUGGAUAAAGCCUCCGGGACGCUGGCACGUGCGACGACGGAAGGGGCUUCGAUGCUCUCCUCCCGGGUUGGCGACAUCGCACAACAGAUAGGCGUCGUUGCCGGGGCUAUGCAGGAAGGGAACGUCGUUAUGGCCAGCCUUAAGGCGGUUAUGGCGUCCAGGAACCAGGACGCUUUCAGGGAAGAGAUUACGAGGAGGACCACGCGAGUGUACUCCGUGGAUGUCAACGGCCUACCCGGUGUAAACCUCGAUGUCGCUCUUGGUUACGCGGGGGACUUGCUGAGCUAUGUCCUCAUAUGGGUGACGAAGCUCGCGGACGACAUACCGGACGACUGGAGUACGCUGCAGCACGACAUCGUCGGGGACAUCGUCCUGAAGAGUGUGGAGUACCUGGCGGUGGAGCAGGUGGAGCGACUGGACAUGGGGGCAUUCUACCACACCUUCCUCGAUUGGCCGCUCGUCGGGCGGAGGUAUCUCCACGGCGAGAUCAGGUUGUAGUCGGGAAUCGUGGUGUUGGUGUGUUGAUGGUGCUGCUCUUGUGUAGAUUAGACGUAGGCAGUAUGGGUAUUCGGGGGUGAUCGUUGAUGGGAUUCGCAGUUACGCGAACGGAA